AUGGCUACUACCACAAACUACUGCUUCGAGACACUAACUAUCAACGCAUUUUUGAAGAAAGUUAACCAGCCAAAUUUCAAGGACCUCGUCUUCCAGGAGUUCAAACAAUUGGCAACCAUCUCUCUCAAAGGUACCACUGACAACUUUUCUAAGAAAGAAAAUUCACAUAAGAAUCGUUGGUACGACAUCCCAUGUUGGGAUCAUUCCCGCGUAAUAUUGACUUCGCAUGGAAGUCAAAUCCACAAUCAUUCAAACAGCGACCCUUCGGCUAUCAUAGUAACAAAUCGCGACAGUGAUUCAACUUACAUCCACGCAAAUUUCGUGGAUGGAUACGAAGAACCGAGUAAAUUUAUCUGCUGUCAGGCUCCCAAAGAGAUCACGGCUGGUGAUUUCUGGAAACUCAUCUGGCAGGAGGAUGUUCAUACAAUCGUGUCAUUGACCGAAACAGAUGAAGGUGACAUUUGCUUCGAAUAUUGGGUCCAAGAGGAGGGUUUCAAACUUAUUUUUGGGCGCUACGUCAUAGAGACCCUUGAAAUCAAAGAGGAGGUCGGUUUCGUAACAACCCGACUUCGGCUUACUGAUAUCACAUGUCAGGAUUCGAGAAUUAUAACGCACUUUUGGUACGUCAAUUGGCCUAACUACGGUGUUCCAACUCACCUGGAAGAGUUUGUUACGCUUCUGACCGAGGUAAAUGAGCAUCAAAGAAAGUUAGUAGAGGAAGCAGAGCUUUAUGAUCAUCGCAAACCCGGACCGAUUGUUGUCCACUGCUCGGCGGGGGUUGGCCGGACCGGAAGUUUUUGUUCUAUAGAUUACGCAAUAGAUCAACUUAAUAAAGAGAAUACAAUUUCACUCCAGAACACGGUACUAAAAAUUCGCGAGAUGAGGCACUCAAGUGUCGUAACGCCAGAACAGUACAUGUUUCUCUACAACAUCAUAGAAUAUCUUUUGCCGAAGACAAAACAAGACGGGGAAGGUAUGUGUGCACACACACUCUAA